CUGCCGUGUAUCCGUGGCACGAUUUUAUACACCGGUUUACUUCAUUCUUCUUACAAUCGAUCCGUAUUUAGUAGAUAUUACUCCUACUCCUUUUCUAACGGUACACCUUACGUCCUUCCCGAAUGGAAAGAAUUGGUUUUUGAUAUUGAUUUGACCGACUAUGACGAGGUGCGUUAUUGUUGUGCAUCAGUUUGUUCUCGCUGUUGGCAACUGGCCCAGUCUGCAGUCCUCUGCGUGGAUCGCGCGUUACGAGAAGAUUUCGGGUUCGAACAUUUGCUCUGGGUCUAUUCCGGUCGUCGUGGGGUUCAUUGUUGGGUAUGCGACAAUGCAGCACGAAAGCUCGAUCCGACUGCCCGUUCCGCCAUUGUGGAGUACUUGAGCUUGGUACGCGGGGGCAAUUCACGCAGAUCAUGUGUUACCGACAGCAUCCAAUUUAGCCGUGCAUACGUCUUUCCCCAGUCUAAAAAUAAGAAGUAUACUAGUGUUAUCCAUUCGGUAUCAUAUCUCCAACCAACCAGCCGAUUACAGGAUCUUUUGAAUCGAUUCUCGGGAGGUGAUAGACUUGUUUAA